GAGUUUCUCCGUCUUUCGAACCGUCUCAGUUGUCGGUGAGGCCGGCGGGGCGGAUCCCACACUAGAGUGAAACACAAAAUAAAGCAACAUAACAGUAAAAACAACUUGGCCUUUUUCUAAGAAUUCGCAAAUAAGCUACCCUGUGGAUAUAUAAACGUCGAGAUGCCCUCAGCAAUGAAUGCGAAUAGGACAGACCAGUCUGCCAGCCCAGAGGUGGGAUCCGCUCCAGGGUCAAUGGGCAAUUUUGCACUGGGUGGACAGUCCGAAGUCUUGAAGCAGGUUCUCUGUAUCAUUGACAAGAAGGUUCGCAACAUGGAGAAGAAAAAGAGCAAGCUGGAUGAUUAUCAAGUCAGGAAGAAUAAAGGGGAGGGACUCAAUCAGGACCAGCUGGAAGCCCUCACCAAAUACCAAGAAGUCAUGAAUAAUUUGGAAUUUGCCAGAGAGCUGCAGAAAACUUUCAUUACACUAGGACAAGAUAUCCAGAAAGUGGUAAAGAAAUCUGGUCGACGAGAACAGCUGCAACGAGAGGAGGCAGAGCAGAAAAGGCUGAAGACAAUUCUUGAGCUGCAGUUUCUUCUGGACCGACUGGGAGAUGAGACUGUACGGCAGGACCUGAAGCAAGGAGUCAGCGGCUCGCCACUACUUACAGAUACAGACCUUGCCGCUUUUGAUGAGUUCUACAAGUUAGUGGGGCCAGACCGUGACCAAAAUGUCAGGUUGUCUAAUCAGUAUGAAGAAGCAUCUGUGCACCUCUGGGAUCUGCUGGAAGGGAAGAACAAGGCUGUGGUUGGAACAACAUACAAAGCACUGAGAGAGACUUUGGACCAGGUUUUGCUGAGUGGUUACUUUGACCGCGUACCAUCGCACCAAAACGGGGUGUGUGAGGAGGAAGAAGAGCCAGUCGCAGCCGCCGUAGCUGAAUCGUCACAAGAGCAGCCGGCUGAUCCAGAAACUGAAAUUAUUGAGGAGUUUACAGAGCCCAUUGCAGUGGAAACAACAGAGUUUGUAAAUAGACAGUUCAUUCCAGACAGCACUUACAGCGGCAGUGAGAAGGAGCAGGGAGAUGAGUGGACCACGGAAACAGAGGCAGUCAAUGCCAUGCAGCAGCCUGUGCAGACUGCAGUUACCCCUGUUGCCCUGGAGACCCACCCUAUGAACCUGCAAUCUCCUGUGCCACCUACUGACCCCAUGGUCAGGAAGCAGGUGGUGCAGGAUCUAAUGGCGCAGAUGCAGGGAACGUACAACUUUAUGCAGGACUCUAUGCUGGAAUUUGAUGGACAACCCAUUGACCCAGCAAUUGUAUCGGCACAGCCCAUGAAACCUGGUCAGAACAUGGACCUACCACCGAUGGUUUGUCCACCAGUCCACCCAGAGUCCCGGCUAUCGCAACCCAACACUGUUCCUGUCCAACCUGAGCCCGCACAAGUCCCUAUCGUUUCUGCCACACCACCCCCACUGUAUCAGACUUCACACACGCCGGACCCUCGACCUUCAACAGAACCCAUCGAUCCCAUCCCGAACUCGUUGUCCCUGUCCUCAGAGCAGGCUCCACCCUCUGCUUCUCAGACACAGGUUUUCCAGCCUGCUUCAAAAGUUCCGCACAGCACUGGCAUCAAUGUCAAUGCAGCACCAUUCCAAUCAAUGCAGACGGUUUUCAACCUCAAUGCCCCAGUGCCACCCUCUAAUGACACGGAGUCUUUGAACCAAGCCAACCAGUACCAGAACAGUUACAACCCGUCCUUCACCAGCCAGUCUCCGCAUACUGUGGAGCAGACUGAGAUGCAGCCAGAACAAUUGCAGUCUGUUGGUGCCUUUCAUUCCCCAGACCCAUCAGGAGGCCAUCAGCAACCCAGUCAGAACCCAGGCUUCAACCGGCAACCUCAGUCCUUCUAUAACAGCAGAGGCAUGUCUCGCGGGGGUCCCCGCAAUGCCAGGGGCAUGAUCAAUGGUUACAGAGGCUCAUCAAAUGGAUUUAGAGGUGGCUAUGAUGGUUAUCGUCCUCCUUUUGCAAACACUCCAAACUCUGGGUAUGGACAGACUCAGUUCAACACACCUCGGGAUUACUCAAAUGGCAACUACCAGAGGGAUGGUUAUCAACAAAACUACAAGCGUGGAGCUGGACAGGGACCCAGGGGAGUGUCGAGAGGCAGUACUCAGGCAAUGCGUUCCUGAGAAAAUCUUUUUAUAAUGACUGUAAAAGAGAAAAAAAAUUACCUGCCACUGCUGGUCCAACCAUUGGGAGUCGAGUCCCUUUAUCGGUUUUUCCUGUCAUUUUGGUUCUAAAAGAUCGUUUUAUGUUCAAGGAGCUCCCAUUUCCUUGUUUGUAAAUUUGAUGUUGCUUCAAGAGUUUCAAUAAAGUUGUGUUGCAUA